GCGACUCACUUCAGCGGAAGUGGCACUCUGGUUAAGUUACCGUGCGCAGCAGGUGUCAGUUCUGUAUGGUUGUAGUGUGAGGGUGCGGAUAGUGGGGCUAAAAGUUUUCGUCGUUAACAGAAAAAAAGUAACAACAAUAAAUAAAUAAAGCAGCAACAUGUCAUACCUUCGACCCAGGCUUUGUGUGCUGGAGAAAGGAUCCAGUGGCUAUGGGUUCCACCUGCACGGAGAAAAGGGCAAGACUGGCCAGUUCAUCCGGCUCGUGGAGACCGACACUCCCGCCUCCGCUGCUGGGCUCCUCGCGGGAGACCAGUUGAUGUUCGUGAACGGAGAGAGCGUGGAGGGCGAGAGCCACCAGCAAGUGGUGGCCAAGAUACGGGCGACCGUCGGCGCUUUAGAGCUUAUCGUGGUGAACGCCGAGACGGCGGAGCUGCUGAAGAAACACAACCUGAAAUGCCGGAAAGAAUUCGUCAGUGAAGGGAUUCCCCUGCCCGGAGGGGACAGCGACUCAGACCGAGGGGACACACGGAGCAACGGCACCCCGAGGGAGUCCAGCCCGGUCCCCCGCGAGAACGGGGAUACCUCCUCGGAGAAGUCCGAGAGGCUGAGUGUCAGUUCUAGCACCAAGGAGGAGAGAGAUGGCCCUCGGCCCCGUCUCUGCCACAUGACGAAGGGCUCCAGUGGCUACGGCUUCAACCUGCACAGCGAGAAGUCCAGACCUGGCCAGUUCAUCCGAGCCGUGGAUGACGACUCUCCAGCACAGAGAUCCGGCCUCAGACCACAGGACAAGAUCAUCCAGGUCAACGGCCGGCCGGUGUCUGGGAUGCAGCACUCAGAGGUGGUGGCGGCCAUCAAAGCCGGGGGAGACCAGACCAGGCUGCUGGUGGUGGACGCAGAGACAGAGGAGUUCUUCAAGAGAUGCAAUGUGGUGCCCACUGAGGAGCACGUCAACGGACCUCUUCCUGAGCUGGCGUCAGAGAGAGCAUCAGAGGAAGAGGCACCAGCUCAGGCGAAAGUGUCCGUGAGCUCCUCUGCCUCCAGUGCCUCCAACAACUCCCUGCCAGCAGAAGGCAGGGGCACCUCGUCUCCAGAGCUUGAUCACCAGCCGGACACCGUAGCCGACAGCCUGGGUCUGAGCUUGUCGCUGGCCCAGGCCAAAGAGAGGGCCCACAAGAAGCGAGGGGCCAAGAAAGCCCCGCCCAUGGACUGGAGCAAGAGGAACGAACUGUUCAGCAACUUAUAAACACCUUCCCAAUCACCAUCACCACGGCGUCUGUGGCCUGCAGAGCGCUCUGUGCUCCGCUCUAAUGGAGAAAACCCAGAGAAUCAGCCUCUGGCCUCCAUGUGUCUGCACUCUGGAUUUCACUGCCUCUGAAAGACACACGGCUCAUUUAAAACAGUGUUAUAUGAUGAUUCUGUUGUUUUAAUUUAGGUUCGCCACUUUUCUGUCUUUCAUGUUUUAAUGAUGCCAGCAUCACACACAGGAAUGAAUGUUAAUAUAUUAUGAAGAGACCUAGUAAUGCACAGAUUCUCACACGAAAAGGAGAACAGAAGGAAUAAUGGGGGAAGAUAAAUUAUUGGGAGAUUUUUAGCCACAAUUCAGUGUCUGAACACCAGCAGCAUGUCUGAAACUGUCUCGAAGUGAGCCGAGUAAUUUUCUUCUGUUUGUCCUUCAGGACUGCUGUCCUCAUAUCUGAUUCAAAGACAUGAGAUUUAUUAUUUUUUCAUGUUGCUCUUGAUAAAUUUGUACAUACAUGAAUAGGUGAUUUAAGAGCAAAUUGUAUUUUGACCGACUCGAGGAAAGUUGUUGAUUCCGUUGAAAUCGUUUGAAUUUUUAAGCUGCACGUGUCUGAGUGACAUCGGCACUCAGCUCUGGUGGAAAUGAACAGUAUGUACUGAUCUCUCUGUGCUCUUGGAUGUAUUGAUGAGCAUUGACAAAUAUAGCAAUUGGAUCAAAUGGA